AGCUCAGCCUCGAACACAGUCUUCCUCCUGGACCCGUCAAGUCAGACCUCACGUGUACGCCAGGAGGAUCUAACCAAGGCAACCAGAUCAGCCGCGGCCUCCGAGCGCCGCGCAGAUGUGCCCGGAGCGGAAGGAGGUCAAAACCAGAGGGAGGGAGGAGGAAAUAGAGCGUGAGUGACAAUCAGACUUGAAUGAGAAUGAAUGGGAGCAGAUGAUGCGGCCCCUCGCCCUGGGCACCCUCCGCCACGUGCUCACGCCCCCAGCGACCACUGCCGGGGAGGCCUCUGAAGCCGCCGCCGUUAAAGAAGACGGAGGAAGACAGAGCCUCAAGUUGGAAAGAACUCAGACCCGGCCACCACUGCCCCUGCUUUCUGAACUUUCCCUCUCGGUCUCCUGGGCUGGAGUGAGUCUUACCAUCCCCCUUGCCUCGGUCCGUUCCCCCCAAGAGUCCUCUUGUCCUCCUCCCCCACUCUAGACCCCCCACCUCUCCCUCCCCGCCCUCUCCAGCCCUAGGUAGCGAAGCAUUCAAUCCGUACCCCUCCGGGGCUGGGAAUCUCCAGCACGAACUCAGUAGGGGGGGCGUAAGUCCGGGAAGGGCCUCGGCGCCCAGCAGUGUCCCCCGGGGCUGUCCCCGCCUAGACAGCGUCGGAGCUCCCACCCCCCUCCGGCGCGACCCCCGCCCCCCUCGCCUCAGCCUGGGCGCCCCGGCACUGGUGCGCUGUAAUCGCGCGCUCGCCGCGCCCUAGCGGCCACUGGCGGAACGAGCACAGGGGGUGGAGAGUGGAGGGGUGCGCGGGCGGGAGGCACCCCCCCGCCUCGGGAGUCCGGGAAAUCCCGGCCGCCACCAGGGGCCGUGCCACCACCCUCGCCGGACCGAGGCUUCCGGCGCGCCCCCCAACUUUGUGGCGCCCUCGCACAGCGGCGGCGGGGAUGGAGCUGCCUCCCCGAGGGCGGGCGCCGCUGGACUCGCCGCUGGACAGCUGCUCCCUGACCUCGCUGGACUCCAGCGUUUUCUGCAGCGAGGGUGAAGGGGAGCCCCUGGCGCUCGGGGACUGCUUCACGGUCAACGUGGGCGGCAGCCGCUUCGUGCUCUCGCAGCAGGCGCUGUCCUGCUUCCCGCACACGCGCCUUGGCAAGCUGGCCGUGGUGGUGGCCUCGUGCCGCCGCCCCGGGGCCCUGGCCGCCGUGCCCAGCCCCCUGGAGUUCUGCGAUGAUGCCAACCCCGUGGACAACGAGUACUUCUUCGACCGCAGCUCGCAAGCAUUCCGCUACGUCUUGCACUACUACCGCACCGGCCGCCUGCACGUCAUGGAGCAGCUGUGCGCGCUCUCCUUCCUUCAGGAGAUCCAGUACUGGGGCAUCGACGAGCUCAGCAUCGACUCCUGCUGCAGGGACAGAUACUUCAGAAGAAAGGAGCUGAGUGAAACGUUAGACUUUAAGAAGGACACAGAAGACCAGGAGAGUCAACAUGAGAGUGAACAGGACUUCUCCCAAGGACCUUGUCCCACUGUCCGUCAGAAGCUCUGGAACAUCCUGGAGAAACCUGGAUCUUCCACAGCUGCUCGAAUCUUUGGGGUCAUCUCCAUCAUCUUUGUGGUGGUGUCCAUCGUCAACAUGGCCCUGAUGUCAGCUGAAUUAAGCUGGCUGGACCUGCAGCUGCUGGAAAUCCUGGAAUAUGUGUGUAUUAGCUGGUUCACCGGGGAGUUUGUCCUGCGCUUCCUGUGUGUGCGGGACAGGUGCCGCUUCCUGAGAAAGGUGCCAAACAUCAUCGACCUCCUUGCCAUCUUGCCCUUCUACAUCACUCUUCUGGUGGAGAGCCUGAGUGGGAGCCAGACGACCCAGGAGCUGGAAAAUGUGGGGCGCAUUGUGCAGGUUUUGAGGCUGCUCAGGGCUCUACGCAUGCUAAAGCUGGGCAGACAUUCCACAGGAUUACGCUCACUCGGGAUGACAAUCACCCAGUGUUACGAAGAAGUCGGCCUACUGCUCCUAUUUCUGUCUGUGGGAAUUUCUAUAUUUUCCACGGUGGAAUAUUUUGCUGAGCAAAGCAUUCCUGACACAACCUUCACAAGUGUCCCUUGUGCAUGGUGGUGGGCCACGACAUCCAUGACUACUGUGGGCUACGGGGACAUUAGACCUGACACCACCACAGGCAAAAUCGUGGCCUUCAUGUGUAUAUUAUCAGGAAUCCUUGUCUUGGCCUUGCCUAUUGCUAUUAUUAAUGACCGCUUCUCCGCUUGCUAUUUCACCUUAAAGCUCAAGGAAGCAGCCGUUAGACAGCGGGAAGCUCUGAAGAAGCUCACCAAGAAUAUAGCCACUGAUUCAUAUAUCAGUGUUAACUUGAGGGAUGUCUAUGCCCGGAGUAUCAUGGAGAUGCUUCGGUUAAAAGGCAGAGAAAGGGCAAGUACUAGGAGCAGUGGGGGAGAUGAUUUCUGGUUUUGAGUUCACUUUCAAUUUAUGUACAAAAGCUUGUGUACAACUAACUCAACUGAUAAAGCCUUGAAAUGGAUGUCUGUAUACUGUUGAAGAGUCUCUUUUGAGUACUACCCGUGUUAGUUUUUACUGAUAUAUUGCUUGGUCUGCUAGAAUAGUUCACAUCCCCCAAACCAAGUGCACAGUGAGUCUCAAAACUAGUCAUUUAACACAACCCAAUACAAGUAGGCCAAAUGUCUGAAUUGUCAAAUAUAAAAUAAUAGUGCAAUACAUACAACAAAGUUUCAAGUUCUACGUAUCACUAAUUUUAGAAGUUCUUUGCACCACUAACCUAAGAGAAUGGGAGUUAAACUGCAUAGCCCAGAGCAAAGAUAAGUGAAUCUUUAGGAACAUACUCAACAACUUCGCUAUUUAAAGACAUUCUCCAAGUAAAGAAAUCACUCCUUUUUCCAUCAGUUAAAGCUGUUAAAUACAACAAUUCGCUUUGCAAGUGAAAAUCCUGAUUUGAUGGCCAUAGGUGGUGACCCUGUCUUCCCUCUGGUGCAAACCGCUGGUCCCAGAGGGACUAAGUUCUGAUUCCCAUCAUUACUAUCGGAGGUGGGAAUCCCCAGACUGCUUAGCUGACAGCAGAAGAGUGUUACAUAGAGGCUUCGAGAACUGUGCCUCCUCAUCCUCCCCAACUGAAUGCAGUAAUGUAGUCUAGAGCAGGUGUCUCCCGCACCCCUGGCAAAUCAGAUGGUCUUAAAAAAUCUCUUUAUUGAUGUAGUGUUCAAAUUAUGUCUUUAAAAUCACAAACAUGUAAAGGUGAAGUAGUGAACAUCCUGAAUAUAUACAGUGAAAUUAUUAAAUAGUCUUAUUUCAUAAAAUGAGAAUGAUAUGUUGAAUGAGAUCACUGGUUGAACUUGAAGAUCUUUUAUUUGUUAACAAAAAAAUAUUAUGGAUAGUUUUCCAACUGCUGGGGCAAAUAGCAAAUGUUCAAACUGCACACAUUUUGACGGUCAUCCGUGAUAAUGAUAAAAUUCAUGGACAUCCUGUUAUAUGAUUAAAACCAAAAGUUCUAAACCUAAGAAUUAGUUUAUGAUUCCCAAUGUUCUAGUUAAGGAGAUUUUAAAAACUAAGAGUGAUAUGGAGUAUCACUUUAAUACCUGCAUUUUCAGUGUGUUUAAUAUUGCCCCCAAGGGGAUGAAAUUGGUUCUUGGGGGGCAAAAAUAUCAGUCCUUUUAUUCAUAAAACAGAUAUAUGCAUGCAAUACGUGAAUAGAUAUAGAGUAUAUCUAUGGUGUUAAAAUUUCAUGGGGUGGAAAAUUAGGGGGAAAAAAUGCCUAAGAGCCUCUUUGCCAGGGCUGGAUGGUGAUAAGAAAUACACAUUGAGAAAUAUUGCUUUAAUAUAUGGCUAUACCAUAGUUAACCAAGUCUAUUUAAAAUACCCUAUUAUAUUAUGAACCACAAAAAAGGGGGGGAGGAAAGGAGGAAGGAAGGAAAGAAGAGAGAAGCCAAUCAAUUAUAAGAGGCCAUUGAUUAUAAAAUGCAUCCAGAUUUUGGAUAUGUAAAAAUUUUAAAUAUGCAUCUUAAACCAAUAAAAUAUCAUAUAUACUCCCUCUGGUUUUCUGGUAUGCAUGCUUAAGUUCUGAAAACAUUGUCAAUGAUGUCAUGAGUUUUAGAUUGUAUGCUAAAAUAUUUUAAUCUGCUUGGCUUAUUUCCACUUCUCCCAAAUAUUAUGAAAGAUUUAGGAGCUAUAAAUGGUAAUAAAAUAAAUAUUUUCCCUCUUACACAAUUCACAGGUGCUGGAGUAUGGCAUAGGGUCACUAAUUCUAGUAUAAAUCCCAUCCAUAGUCUGAAGGCAAAACACAAAUUAGUUACAGAAGCCAAACUUACCGUGGCUUCUCUAGAACUCUCCUCAUUGAGAAUAGUUGCUCUGAUCCAGGUCUGUGCUCUAUACUCACUGUGUAUUAUGUCAUUAAUCCCAAAAUAUCCCCACUAAACAAUUAUUAUUAUACUGUUUUAAGUAUUAGUCCAUUACAUUUAUUCAUUCAACAAAUAUUUAUUUAGAACAUAUCUGUGGGUUGGGCACUGGAGAUUCUUAAACCAGACUAAGUCCUAUUCUCUUGUACUUAAUAUUCUGUUCGAGGGUUUGAGGGGAACACAGAUGAUAAGACUGAGGCAUACGAAGAUGAAAUAACCUGCCUAAAUUCACACACUCCAUGUACAGGUGACAGAGCCAGGAAUGAAUCCUAAUCUCCUGGACCCCAAAAAUGAUACUCCUAAAAGUCAUAUUAUAGAUUUCAUUAUUCCCACACAACCUGUGGGUAGGGAUUCACUUCAUAGCCAGGCAAGCCAAUUUCUUGUGGAUGGAGAGGUUUAAUAUGCCUUAAGAAAAAUUUCAGCUUAUUCUCAGAGGUGGAAUGGUGCUUAUAAGGAACAGCUGUUGUCAUGCUUUAUAGUCAUUAUUAGACAAGAAAAAUAUUAUCUUUAGAAUAAUUAAUAGCUAAAAAAAAUUAAAAAUUAAAAAACUGUAUGUAUUCUAUAUAUUUUUUUUUCUACCACCAAAGAUUCUAAACAUGUUCUUCACAAAUGUGGUAUGUUAGCAGUAUAUAUUUUGUCAAGAUGUGGACAUUUCAAAAGAAAAUUUUAAAUACCAUUGCCUAGUCAACUUUGCUGUUAGAGAAAAUAUCAGUGUACUUAUUCAGCAGUGCACAUAUAAGCAAACCAAAGUUAAUUUAAGUAACAUAUGAAAUAACUGUUAAUUUUAUAGCGCAUCAUUUAAAAACAUUUGAUAUUUUUCAUAACUGUAAGAAUUAUUGUUACAAAACAAUAUUUAAUUUGGAAAUAUAAAUAAUGGAAUUACUGGUUUUCUUUAAGCUAUUUAGAGAACACUAAUUAAAAACAUUGCGUGCACAGAGGUAAUGUUUGAACACCUAAAAGAGCAAUUUUAAGAAAUCACUAUGGUAUCUCUAGUAGAA